UUUAGAUUUAAGACGGUGCCUGGUCCUGUUGGGGGAUUUCCAAGACAGACUUGCAUUCGCAACUUUCCACAGACUUCAAGCUUCAGACUCAGGCUCUUCUUAUUCUUCACUACCCUUCUCUUCUUUUUAAAAUCCAAAGUAGGAUACCAACUUUCAAAAUGUCCGCGCCACACCGAUUUGACCCCAACUUCACCGACUCCGUCAUCAAUGCUAUGGGCCCGAACACGGACCCUCGCACGCGCGAGAUCAUGACCUCUCUGAUCCGGCACCUGCACGACUUCACGCGCGAGGUCGAGCUGACCGUCGACGAGUGGAUGGCCGGCGUCAAGUUCAUCAACCUAAUCGGACAGACGUCGACUCCCACGCGAAACGAGGCGCAUCGCAUGUCCGAUAUAUUUGGCCUGGAAUCACUUGUCGACGAAAUUGCCCACAAGCACGUCAAUGAAUCCGGUGAAGAGCCCACAUCCUCCUCCAUUCUCGGCCCAUUCUGGUCGCCCGAUGCGCCUUUCCGCGAGAACGGCGGCAGCAUUAUCGUGUCUCCUCACCAGGGAGAACAAACCCUGAUGCACGGUGUCAUCACCGACCUCGAUACCAAGAAGCCUAUUCCCGGCGCUGUAAUUGACAUCUGGCAAGCCUCGUCCAAUGGAAGGUACGACUUCCAGGACCCAGAGAACCAGGUGCCGAACAAUCUGCGAGGGAAGUUCAGGUGCAACGAGAAAGGCGAAUACUGGUUCUACUGCUUGAAACCGACUGCCUAUUCUCUGCCCACGGAUGGUGCUGCUGGAGUGAUUUUUGAGGCCCUUGACCGACACCCCAUGCGACCAGCCCACAUCCAUCUCAUGAUCACUGCACAGGGAUACAAGCCGGUGACCACGCAAAUCUAUCCCCGAGAUGACCCCUACGUCACCAACGAUACCGUAUUCGCUGUUAAAGACGACUUGCUCAUCGACUUCACUCCGCGCGAGGGCGACCCGAAGGCUAAGCUGGACUUAGUAUACGAUGUGCGAUUGGCACCGAAGGAAAGCAAGACUACCCCAAUGGAGGGCAUGAGGGUUUCAUACGCCCCAAAAGAGCCCCCAAAUUCAAACGACGCACCCAUCUACGAGCGCAUAUCCGCACGCCGCGCUCCACGCCCACUCAUCCAUCUGGAUCUGGCUCUACUGCAAUCACCGCCAGUGGCAGAUGGCUGGAACAGCUUCAUGGGCGCAAUCCGCACUAAAACCACCAUCGACGAAAGCAUCAAAGAACUCGCCAUCUCACGUAUCGCGGUUCUCAACAAAGCAGUCUACGAAUGGGACAUCCAUGCCGCCCUGGCACUAAAGGGCGGCAUUACACCCGAAGGACUUGAAACAAUAUAUAACGCCGAGGUUGUCAGGCUCGGGGAUAGAGUGAAGGAUAGAGAUGAAGGGGGAUUGACGAGGGAGCAGUGGGUGGUGCUUGCGUAUACGGAUCAGAUGACGCGGGGAGUGGAGACGAGUGAGGGGGUUAUGAAGAAGUUGAGGGAGUUUUUGGAUGAUAGACAGGUGGUGGAGUUGACGGCUACGGUUGCAGCAUACAAUUGUGUGAGUCGCGAGAUCCCCGACGAGCUGGCCCUGAAGACUGACCAAGAAAACGAAUUCCCCAACGACAUGUGGAAGAAGUUCGGAGAAGCUGGCUUCCUGGGCAUAACUGCAGAUGAGGAAUACGGAGGCCUAGGGAUGGGGUAUCAAGCGCAUUGUGUGGUUAUGGAGGAGAUUAGUCGGGCUUCUGGCAGUAUCGGUCUUUCCUACGCCGCACACUCGCAACUCUGCGUUAACCAGCUUAUGCUCAAUGGAUCCUCCCAGCAGAAAGCGGAGUUCCUGCCCGGACUGAUAUCUGGGGAACAAAUCGGCGCUUUAGCAAUGUCGGAGCACUCAGCCGGGUCAGAUGUUGUAAGCAUGAAAAUGACAGCGAAAGAGGUCGAUGGUGGCUACCUUCUAAACGGCACGAAAAUGUGGAUAACGAACGGUCCAGACGCCCACACUAUAGUCGUCUAUGCCAAAACCAUCCCCUCGGCCGGCAGCAAAGGCAUAACCGCCUUCAUCGUCCCCGCCUCUUCCCCGGGCUUCUCCUGCUCCAAAAAACUCGACAAACUCGGCAUGCGGGGCUCCAACACCGGCGAACUCAUCUUCUCCGACGUCUUCGUCCCCCACUCCAACGUUCUCGGCGCCCCUAACCGCGGCGUACGCGUGCUAAUGGAAGGCCUCGACCUCGAGCGUCUCGUCCUCAGCGCCGGGCCCCUAGGCCUCAUGCAAGCCGCUCUCGACGUCGUGCUUCCCUACACCCACACCCGAAAACAAUUCGGCAUCCCCAUCGCACACAACCAGCUCAUUCAAGGCAAACUCGCAGACAUGUACACCAAAUUCCGGGCCUCGUCGUCGUACACGUAUGCUGUCGCUGCAGCGAUCGAUAACUCGCAUGAAGCGCCGGUUAUCAAGACGCAGGAUUGCGCGGGCGCGAUUUUGUUUGCUGCGGAGAGGGCGACGGAGUGUGCAUUGGAUGCGAUUCAGCUGAUGGGUGGUAUGGGGUAUGUUAAUGAGGUGGCGGCGGGGAGGUUGUUGAGAGAUGCGAAGUUGUAUGAGAUUGGGGCCGGGACGAGUGAGGUUAGACGGAUGGUUAUUGGGAGGGUGUUUAAUAAGAUGUUUGAUGAGGCAAGGUGAGG